AUGGGUCGGAUAAAGAAGAAGGGCCAGGCCGGUGCCGCCAAAAACUACAUCACCAGAAACCAGGCCAUCAAGAAGUUGCAGAUCAGCUUGCCCGAUUUCAGAAAGCUGUGCAUCUGGAAGGGUAUCUUCCCGCGCGAGCCCAACAACCGCAAGAAAGUUAGCAAGAGCUCGACCGCUUCGACCACCUUUUACUACUCCAAGGACAUUCAAUACCUGCUCCAUGAGCCACUGCUGCAAAAGUUCAGGGACCAGAAGGCUCUGGAGAAGAAGAUUUCUCGUGCCUUGGGAAGAGGAGAUGUGACGGACGCCUCUCGCCUCGAGCGCAAUGCCGCCAGACCCGAGAAGACUGGCAAGCCGCCGUAUACUCUCGACCACCUUGUCCGCGAGCGCUACCCGACCUUUGUCGACGCGCUUAGAGACCUGGACGAUGCCCUGUCGAUGCUGUUCCUCUUCGCCAACCUGCCCUCGACCUCGAGUGUCCCCGCCAAGAUGAUUGCCCGCUGCGAGCGGCUAUGUCUCGAGUUCCAACACUACCUCAUAGUCUCGCAAAGCCUGCGCAAGUCCUUCUUGUCGAUCAAGGGUAUCUACUACCAGGCGACCAUUCAAGGCGAGGACAUUCUCUGGCUUGUCCCCUACAAGUUCAACCAGCGCAUCCUUGGCGACAUUGAUUUCAGAAUCAUGGGCACUUUUGUCCAAUUCUACAUGACUCUCCUCAAGUUUGUCAACUUUAGACUGUACAGCUCGAUUGGUCUUGUCUAUCCGCCAAAGUUUGAUGCAAAGAAGGAUGAGCUGGCCGCCGAGUUGGGCGCCUUCACGAUUGAGGGCAAGCAUGCCAGCGCAAUUCAAGACAAGCCCGCCGAGGAGAAGCCUGCUGAGGAAGCCUCCAAGAAGGCCAUCGACCCGGCAACUCAGGCCGCCGUGAACAAGGUCAUCAAGCAGCUCGGAAAAGUUGACGACAAGACCAGCAAUGGAGACGCUGCUGGUGCUGAUAAGGAGGAUCAGCCAACAGACACAAUUGACAAGUUUGAGCCGGCUGCCCCUGGUGGCGAUGUUCUUCCCCAGCCCACAUACUCUGGAACUGACCCCGGAACGCUUUUUGCCAAUUGCACCUUCUUCCUGUCGCGUGAGACACCCAGACAACCUCUCGAGUUUCUGCUCAAGGCCUUUGGGUGCAAGCGUGUCGGUUGGGAUGCUGUCCUGGGUGAGGGCGCUUACACCACGGAUGAGCGCGAUCCUUCCAUCACGCAUCAGAUUGUGGACCGCCCCGUCGUUGCUGCCAUGAACGAGGAGAACGGCGACGGUGAGGACAACCAGACCUCUCAAAAGCUUGGCGCCAACCAGAGACUGCCUGGCAGAAUCUACGUGCAGCCUCAAUGGAUAUGGGAUAGCGUCAACGAUGAGGAGCUCAAGCCUGCAGACUUGUACGCACCAGGCGCGCAACUCCCCCCUCAUUUGAGUCCCUUUGUCCAGUCCACGGCUGGUGGCUACGACCCCACCAUCCCAUUGGAGGAUCAACAGCCUGAAGAGGAGGCACUGGCUGACAGCGAUGAUGAGGAGGACGAGGAUGAGGAAGAUGAUGAGGAAGAAGCCGAGAACGGUACUACUGCCAAGAAGGGAGAGAGCGCUGCUGAUUCCAUGGAUGUGGAUGACGCCGACGAGGAUGAUGAGGACUUUGGUGGAUUCUCUGGUGAUGAGCAGGACGAGGAAGAGGAGGAAGCCGAGGAUGAUGCCGAAGAGGAAGAAGAAGAGGACGCUGAACUCCAGCGCCAACGUGAACUCAUUGCCGAAAUGACAGGCCAGGCAGUGCCGCAAAAGCCAGCACAAAAUACUCGUUCCAAGGCAAAGGCAGAUGCACGAAAGAAGCUGGCAGCACAAGCCAAGGAAGACGCGGAAGAUUUGGAUCGUGCAAGAGGCAUGCUGAGCAAGAAGAAGCGCAAGCUGCAUGACCAAAUGAUGUACACCAACAACAAGAAGAGUGCCGAAGACCAGAAGCUGCGGGAAAAGAGGAGGAGAUUGGAAAAGCAAAAGCAAAGAAAGGCUCCGGCGUAA